UCAUUCUCAGCAAAUAGUAGUUUCAACUAAUUAAAAUCUUCCAUCGAUAAAACGAUAGGUCAUAAUACUGUUUCAAAAUAUCAUGAUAUGAAAAUCGGUGUUUUUGGUCAGUUAAGUGGGGAUUAAUGCAAAAAAAAAAACAGAAUUUGCUAGUGAAUAUAGUAAAAUUAGUGAUUUGGUGUGAUAUAUUAUUGGUAGAAUGAAAAAAAAAAGUUUUGUGUCGGCGUGAAGUGUACAUGUGAAUGUAUUCCGCUAAAUAAACACUUGACUGAAAGCGUUCUAGUCUCGCUGCCGUAUUAUCACAACUAUUAUAUCGUUACUGUGCGUGUAUCACGGCAUAUUUGAAUGUGUAGAUUGUUUUCUUUCUGUACAUAAUAAGCGGCGGACUGAGUAUAUGGUGUAAACGGUUUGCGCUGUAUAUUGAGCGAAGUAUAAUGCAUGUCGCUAUAGUGCUCAGAUUCUGAGAGGCUGGACAUUAAGUCUUCUCUUGUGUAUGUGAAUUCAAAAGCAUUUGCGCUGUAACCGUAUUCGCUUUUAUAUUAGUUUCUCGUCACGCUAUUCGAUGGAAAAACUCAUAUGUAUAUAUGAAAGGCGCAACUAGUGAUCACAGUAAACUUGUUAGUGUGUGAAGAAUGCGCAUAAAAACAAAUGAAAGCGAAAUGAAAUCGUCGAACAAAUUUAGUUUUUUUAAUGAAUUUCAUGGAGAUUCGAACAAAGAAACCUAUAUUUUUUAACACUUUGUGAAUCUGAUACUUUGAUAUUGCGUACAAGUCAAAUCGAAAAUAAAAUUUGUGAUACAGUAACCAUGAAAAAGUACUCGAAACGCGAUAUGCUGAAAUGGCGCAACGAGCUCCGUCUUCUGGUAAAUGAACUUUUGGAAGGGAUAGAGGGUAAAAAGGACGCUGGAUUUAAGAAAGACAUCAAACAUCUCACCGUUAAACGCAUAAAAACUACAAUUCCGCGUUCCAUAAAAGAAACAUCUGGGCAAAACAUAAAACUACCGGAGCUCAAAAAUUACAACUCCAAAUCCAAAGAUAUCAACCAAAAAAUUUUGUAUUUAGAUAGGCUUGAGCAUAAGCUACCGAAAUGCAUCAAAACCACGAAAGAUACACUUGAUAAUAAAUUCGUGCAAUAUCUUUGCGAAGAAUCGAAACAAAUCAUCGACGAAACGUUCGAAGUGUUCCCAAAAAAUGAUCCCAAAUUAACCGAAACAAGUGGUGAAAGUGACUUGAAUACAAGCGGUAAAAGAAAAUUCGUCGGCGAACAUAAAGUAACAAAAAAAUUAAAGGGAGGCAUUCACGGAAAACCAGCAUACACUUCAACUUUGAUGAAACCUUCGACAUCAGGUGAGAAACAUGUACCGAAAAUCAUCAUCCGAAAUUCAAAGAGUCAUGCACGUAAAAAGAUGACUCGUACAAAUGAAUUUUUUGGCAAUAGUGCGGGCGGAAAUGGUGAACAAAGCGUUGGAAACCCGAAUGAAGAAACCUCUGCACUUCUCCAUCAAUUUCUGUCCGCCGCGAUAACAGUAGUUAGAGAAUUUGGAGCCCAAUUUGUAAACCAAACCAUUGAAAAAGUACUCAAUGUAGAGGUAGGUCGAGAACGGGGAACAAGUCAAAAUACAGAGGAAAUGUCGACCGAAUCGGCAGGACGCGCAACAGAAGCAAGUCAAAACAUCGGCGAACGAGCAACUGAAGCGACAGGGUGCCAACAAGAAGCCAAUCAAAACAUCGGAGAAAGGUCGAUGGAACCGUCAGGCUGUGAGCAACAAGCAAAUCAAAACAACGAUGACAAGACGACCGAACCGGCCUACCGCGAACAAGAAACAAGCCAAAACACCGGUGAAAGGUUAAAGGAAGCGACAUGCCGCGAACAAGAAACCAUGAUCAAUCAAAACGACAAUUCAAAUGCGGCCAACAGCGUUCUCGCCGCAAAUUCCACGGAAUGCAUCGUUGAAGAAACAAAUCAUGCUCCAAAAUUGAUCACUUCCGAAGAAGCUGAAUCCGCAGGUAUCCUCUUUUACUGUUAUUUCUGCAAACAGAACGGCGAAUCGAUUCGAUUUCACAGUGAACAAUCGCUUCGCCGUCAUUGUGAAAAGAGGCAUAAAUUGCUGCCAUUUAGUUACUAUGCUUUUGAGAAGGCAAAAUGUUUAAAUUGUGACUACGUUGGAACGUGGAGAGAAUUAAAUAGCCACCACCAGAAAGUCCAUCCCAAGGAAAUAUUUUCCAUCGUAAGCCAUUCGGACGAUACCAAAUGUGCUCUUUGCAGUUACACUGGCAACGCCAGUAAUAUCCAUUCCAAAAUGCGCCAUCCGCUCGCCACACGUUCGUCAGUAUUCAAUCCUUUGCGUAUAUCAUCCGAAAAUUUACGUAAGCUACGUGCACAAAUCACACUUGCUAAUCGUAACGAGUUCUUUUUUCAUCAAACCAAAGGAUUUUCAUGCCAAAAAUGUAAAACCUUUCGAAGCGAAGAGUUCAUUGAACUGUUAAUGCACGAAAGAGAAGUGCACGGCCCAUUUGAUUACGACAAAUACCAACGGAAAUUUAAAAAAAGAUUGCAGAAGAAAAUUCUUAAUUCAGAAGUUCAUUUUCCAAAUGGACUUACACUUUUUGGUCGAAAUUUGAUCGGUUCAGACAUUGAUCUGCUUAAAAAUUUCGAUAUCAAUUUUUUUGACCAUUGGAAAAAUACAGUGAAAUAUAAAUUUGAUCAGAUUCAGAAUUACACAAAUGAGAACAAUGCAGUUGGAAUUGAAUUUGAAUUCAAUUCAGAGUAAAUUCAUUCUUUCGCUUUCUUUUAAUUGAAUGAAUAUUAUCUUCUUUUGGAAAAGGUCUCAAACGGUCUCAAAUAAACAAUAAAUUUGCAUUUUUUAUUCCAUUCAUUUUUUACAUGCCACAUUAUUUGUGUAGCGUCAUUUACCGAGCUCAAAUACAAACAUAUAUCACAUUUCUCAGAAUAUAAUGCGAAAUGUUUACCUCACUGUCAAUGUGCAUUUAUUUUAAAGACUGAACCUAUAAUUAAUUUUAAGAA